AUGAGGCUUCAGCGGUUGCUAUUCCUGGUGCUGUGCACUUUGGCAUCAUCUGUCCUUGCUGAAAAGGUACUCGUGACGAACGAGUCACCUCAGUUCUGCACAGGCAUGUACAGUAAACGAGACUGGGAUGGCGAUAUAGAGCCUCACAUCGAAGUGAAUUUACAAUAUUUCAAGUCAGGGGAUGAUAAUGUGCAUUCUUCUCUCUCUGUCGUCAUAUUUGAAUACAGCGAUAUGGAUGCGUUGGGAGUGAAGGUAUCCGAUAUCUUUACGCAUUACGUGUGCUCGGAAGAGCUCGUUGCCAAAGGGUUAUGUGACACUAGUGAGCUGUAUCAGUUCAUCGUCAACAAAAACGUCACUCCCAAGGCCGAAAUAUUGACCAGCUUUCUUACCAGUUAUGGUGAUAACGGCUUGCGGUACAAUAUUCCGAAAACAGGCUACUACUGCGUAGCAUGUUCUUCUCCACUUGAUUUGGGAAAAUCGCAGAACGAAUUCAUAGUUCAGGUAAACUUCCAGAAUUCCUAUGGAAAUUUGCCUGCAGCAGAAAUCCCCAAGCUGAAGUUUUAUGGCCUGCUGGCUGUUCUGUAUGCGGUUAGUCUGUCUGUAUACCUGUUCCAAUUGUUCAUCCACAGAUCCGAGCUUCUCAAGUUACAGAAAUGCCUUGCAGGGGUUUUGGUGUACUUGACACUGGAGAGUACCUUUAAGUGGUUUUUGUUUUCUUUCCUCAAUCACAAUCAAAUGUCCCAAUUACACCCAUCUGCAGAUGAUAUUGUGUUUUACGAGAUUUGGAUAUCUCUUUUGAGCGUGUUCAGAACAUCGUUCGCGCUUUCAUUUUUGGUUCUCAUCUCUGUUGGUUACGACGCUGUGUAUCCUAAGCUGAUCCCAAAAUGCAGGGGAUUUAUGGUUGCUUCGGUUUUGACUUCAUGUUGCUACUUGAUGUACGGCUGUUUUUUUAUUGUGAUCUCUUACUUCAACACCAUAUUCCAGAUACACGCUCCUCCCGAUUCCAACAACAAUUCUGUCGCUGAGGUGAAAUUGUGGGUUAAUGGUAUUGUGUGUGCUUGGAGCGUUAUGUCGUGCCACUACUUGGCUUUUUCAGGUCUUUCAGAAACCAAGAAAGUGUUGGCGAACAGCAAACAGCACACAAAAUUGAAGCUGUACCAAAGGCUUUUCUGGAUAUUGGUUGUAAACAUGUUGCUGCUGAUUACUACCGCCAUUAUCUUGAUGUUUUUGAAGAUCAGCAACUCGUUCACUGAAUUUAGGAGCCUCAGGAGCCUCUUCGACUUCUGCACGUCCUAUCUAUUCUUAAUUGUGUUCACCAGUGUUGUCUUUUUGUUCAGACCCAGCCAUGAAUUAUACCUAUUGAGUCUCAGAGAUGAUAUUCCUGAAUAUGAGGUUUCUGGAGAGCUACAUGCUGUGUCUGGUGGAAACGAUUUUGAAUUUGAUGAUCUAGACAAACUAGAGAGUGCUAAGUUGAUCGGUUCUUCCUGCAGCCAGUGUGGUGAUAUUGCAUCUAAGCUUGAUUCAAGUUGGGAGCCCCACACUAGCGAGCAUGAGAGAAGCUUGCCUCCUCCCAAUUACUGUGAGCAUGAAGAUAAGGAAUCAGUGAAUGGGCACCGAUUUUCUUAG